AUGGCUCUAGUACGUUUAACGAUGCAUAAAAGAAUUAAAUUGGAUGUUUGUAUGGAUUUAUUUGUUAAAUUAUUGAAAUAUAAAGAUAAGGCGUUGAGAAAAUUUAUCAUCAACUCGAUAUGUUUGUUUAUCCGUUCGUGCUGUACUCGAGGCAAAACUGGAAAGAAAAUAAAACGGCUGUUUAGUGGAAAGGAUUCUUCUCUUCUCAAACAAAAACUUUUUUGUCUACUUUUGAAUGCUGAAAAUGAAAUAAUAUUAGCUAGAGUAGCCCAAUUAGUGCUUAUCCACGCUUAUCUUAAACAAUUUUGGCAAGACGAAAAAGUAGCCAAUGCUUUGGCUGAAAGUGUGUUUUUAAAUAAAUUACAGAGAAUUCAGAUUUCUGCUAUGCGCUUCUUCCUGGGUUCUAGCAAAAAUGAGCAGGGGGAAGAGGAGGAAAGUGACAGCAGUGAUGACAGUGAAAUCGACAACAAAAACAAACCCCUUAAAGAAUUAAUGCAGCAACACAAAUACACAAAGAAAACAAGAAAACGAAAAAAACAAUUAGAAGAAGCAAAAAAGAAAAUUCAAAAAGAGAAGAAAGCAACCAAAAGAGGGGAUAAAUUAACACGUUCCCAAUGCAAUUUGGAAGCAAUUAGAUCAAUUUAUGACCCCCAAAAAUUUGCUGAUAAAUUGUUUGGAUUGUUGGUUGGGCAUAAAAGGAAUGAAAAAUAUGUUGUUAGGUUGGUUGGUUGUUUUUAA